AUGGCAAGUUCCUCUGACCCAAACCGAACCUCCUCCAAGAGAAGCAGAUGCUGUCCUUUUAUUUCCCCAUUCUCGAAUAGCUCCCCCAAGAGCAUCCCUCUCCAACAGGUAUAUACCGUGGGAGAAUCUAAUGCAGUCAGGAGCCGUGGCAUUGACCCAACUCAGUCAGAAAACAGUCCAAAAGACCUCGACGGGUCUGGCGGCCACGAUCAGUCAUCGUCAUUGCCUCGCAGUAGCACUGAAGAGGCACCCAACAUGGCUUUGGAUAAAACAAUCAAGAAGGACGAUCCAGCGCCAGAUCACGCCAGUUCUUCACCCAUACACCCGCAGAUUUCGGAAAACAAACCUCAAUUUCAGCUUGUUAUCACGCGUCAUAAGAUAUCUUCAAAGAGUGACCAUGCCCACAGUCAAGUGCAUCCUAUCUCUUCUUCGGUCGACGCUUCGAACAACAAUGCAGAACCACCAAAGAUCCCAGGGCAGUCAACAUCGACUUCUCAGGUUGAUCAGUCGAAAUUGAAUAAUCCUCAGAUCACAGAGGAUAUGAGAAUUCAAGAUACCCAGUCAGGCGAAGGGAGAAGGCCUGAUGCACCUAUACCAGAUUCCUUACCAGAUGAAGAACCAUAUUCUUCUUACCUAAACGAAGAGGAUUAUGGCAGAGAAGAAGAUUACGACUCAGAGCAAGACUACGACUCAAAGCAAGACUACGACCAAGAACAAGAUCACGGCAAAGAACAAAAUCACAGCCAAGAUUCAACUUCCAGUGACCCCUUGACCUCUGACCCUACUGGCACAAUACUUCAAUCUGGCCGCCUGGUCGCUAUCGACUUCACAGUCUACCGCACCGAGUAG